CGGAGAGGUUCAGUCAUCAGUGCAAAACCGACCGCCUUGGACGCCGGUCGUCCGCGCUUACACGUUGAAAUGGACAUUGUACACGUGAGUUUUAUAAAUAAUGUUAGUGAAUGUUAGUGUAUAGUGAUAUUUGGAUUUGAUUUUGAAACUUUUGGCGUAAGACGUGCGCGUGAGUGCGUCCCGAAGAUUCCCGAAUUCGCCCGACGUUUGCCGAAGUCCCUGUUCCUGAUUUGAAAUGAAGGGCUGGGAACUGUGCUUUUUGGCCCUCCUGGCCUUCGCGAUGGGGCAAGGGCCGGAGAAACGUCGGACGGGUAACAUCUGCAGCGUGGACAUGGACUGCCCCGACAACGCGUUCUGCCGCCUCGGCAGCUACUGCGUCUGCAAGGAUGGCUUCGUCUACGCUGCUAUCAACGGCACCCAUAAGGGCUGUUUGAAGGAGGCCCGCAUUGGCGAGGAGUGCAUCCAACACAUCCAGUGCCACUCGACGACGGGGAUCCACUCGGAAUGCGCUAACGGCGUCUGCGCGUGCGCACCGGGCGCGCACUUCGAAGACAACCGCUGUUAUGAAACCGCCGUAAUCGGGGAGCGGUGCGUAGUUGACCAGAACUGCUUCUUAGGAGAGGCGACGACUGAACGACAAGCGUUCUGUGUCCGAGGAUACUGCACGUGCCAGCUGCAGUUCAGUCCUAGAGAUAAUGGCACCAGAUGUGUCCGCGACGCGACUCUGGGCGAGUUGUGCGAGGACCAGCUGCAGUGCGCAGGCGCAGGCCUGGAGUGCCGCGGCACGUGUCGCUGCAGAGAGAACUGGGUCGCUCAUAAUGGAACCAAUGCUUGUGUGGAAUCUGUCCAAGCUCUGAACGACACGUGCGAGUACGACGUGCAGUGCGACGGGCUGGCGGGCUCGCCGGGCGCGGCGCUGUGCCUGGGCGGCGCCUGCGCCUGCAUGUACAGCGCGCACCCCGCCGGCGCGCCGCCGCGCUGCUGGCACCGCCGCCGCCCCGGACAGGAGUGCAAGAGGGAUGAGGAGUGCGUCUCUGAAGAAGACGAGCCUGGCUACUGCUUGUCCGGUCGCUGCACGUGCAAGACCUGCGCUCCCGACGCUAAGGACUUCGGCGGAGCGGCCACACUCUCCCGCCCGCCAAUCGUCAUCUCCGCCAUUUUGACAGUUGCCGCCAUCUUGAGAUACCAGCUGUGAGAACAAAAAAAAGAUAAGAAUCGAAUAUUGACAGAUUGUUAAUAACAUUUGUUGUUUUAUGUAGAGAGAUGAUAUUAAUUCGAAGUCGUUAAUAUACGAAAAUAAAUUUCAACGUUUGCACCAAACUUUUAUUGUAGGACAGCGUAGUGCAAAAAAGAUGCAUAAUAUUUUUACUUUAAGGAAACCAAGUAUUCCGAAACGUAUCAAUUCAUUGUCAAUUAAUGUACCUAAUAGAUGCUAGAAGUUUGUUGAAAACAAAUACGCGAUAUUAUAACUACAAUAGAUUUAAAAUCUGUUUAAAAUUUUAAUAUAACAGAAAUAUUGUAAAUCUGUACCUAUUUGGUCACCUAAUAUUAUGUUGCUCAUUAACCUUUCCUAACUUAGCAGUAUUUACAAACAACCCUUAAUUAACGUUCUUGAACGUAUAUCUGUCUCAUCAUUUUACUUGAGUGUGAUAAAGACAACCUAUACACUUGAGGACCUUUACAGCCGAUGUAAUUUGGCGCUUCAGAAAAGAGAUAAAAGCUUGUUAGAGUGAGAUAAAACUAUACAAGCUGCUUGUGUAAAACAGAGACAGCGAUAUUUUGUUGCUCUAUUUCGAUGUGCCAAGUUACACUGGCUACAAAUGAAUGACGUUGUUAAGUAUAUGCCGUGAUUGUAACUGUUAAUGAUGCAACAGAAUUUAAAGAACUAAAUGAAUUCGUAAAUAAAAAUACAUUAAGUCGCACAAUGAUUAGAAUAGUCUGUUAAAUUGUUUGUAGUUUAUUUCAAAGUUUAUUUAAGUUGUAAAUAAUAUUUGUUGUUGUUAAAAUAUAUUUAAAUGUUAAGCGUAGAUUUUAAUAUACCAGUUAGAUCAGUAUUUUGCGAGUGCAAUUUUUAUAUAUUUGAUUAAUGAAUGGGUAGUGUUUAUGCCAAAGAAAUGUACACAAAUAUUGAAUGUGUAAAUAUAUAUUAUUUAUUUUAUU